AACACGGCGGUUUCGUGAACGCGGGACGGACGGGUACGAGCGGAAGUGGCGUUUGUUGUUCUUCCUUGUGUUUCCGAGACGUUCAGGGUCUAAAAGGGUUCAACAGUCGCGUCUGCAUGUCUCUGCCAGUUCCCCUCACAAACCGUCUUCUACCGCCCCCGAAUGAAGAUUAACAGGGAUGCCAAAGGAAAAAUAUGAUCCUCCAGAUCCCCGCAGAUGUUACACCAUCAUGUCGGCCGAGGAGGCGUCCAGUGGGAAGAAGUCUCACUGGGCCGAGCUCGAGAUUUCUGGGCGGGUGAGGAGUCUGAGCAGCUCUCUGUGGACUCUAACCCAUCUGACAGCGCUGCACAUCAACGACAACAACCUGACCCGCAUCCCGCCGGACAUCGCCAAGCUGCCCAACCUGGUCUACCUGAACCUGUCGUCCAAUAAGCUCCGCAGUCUGCCCGCCGAACUGGGCAACAUGGUCUCUCUCAGGGAAUUGCUUUUAAACAACAAUCUUUUACGAGUUCUGCCUUAUGAACUUGGGAGGCUUUUCCAGUUACAAACUCUGGGGCUAAAAGGAAAUCCUUUGUCCCAAGACAUCCUCAACCUGUACCAGGAGCUGGACGGAACCAGGAAGCUUUUGAACUACAUGCUCGACAAUCUCGCAGUUCACCCAGAGCAGCUCCCCCAAAGACCUUGGAUCACUCUGAAAGAGCGAGACCAAAUGAUGCCCACAGCUACGUUCACGGUGAUGUGCUACAACGUGCUGUGCGAUAAAUACGCCACGCGGCAGCUCUACGGCUACUGUCCAUCCUGGGCCCUGAACUGGGAAUACAGGAAGAAAGGAAUCAUGGAGGAAAUCACCAGCUGUGACGCCGACAUCAUCAGUCUGCAGGAGGUGGAGACGGAGCAGUACUACACCAUGUUUCUGGAAACACUAAAGGAACGCGGCUACGACGGCUACUUCUGUCCAAAAUCUCGUGCCAAACUGGUUUCUGAGCAGGAGAGGAAACACGUGGACGGCUGUGCGGUGUUCUUCAAGACCGAGAAAUUUACUUUGGUCCAGAAGCACACUGUGGAGUUCAACCAGGUGGCCAUGGCCAACUCCGAGGGCUCCGAGGUCAUGCUGAACAGAGUGAUGACCAAAGACAACAUCGGAGUCGCCGUUCUGCUGGAGGUCAACAAGGACAUGUUCUCCGGUGGCAUGAAGCCUCCACAGGAGCAGCAGCUGAUCCUGGUGGCCAACGCCCACAUGCACUGGGACCCCGAGUACUCGGACGUCAAGCUGAUCCAAACCAUGAUGUUCCUGUCGGAGCUGAAGAGCAUCGCCGAGAGGGCCUCGAGCUCCAUGGCGACGGACUCGCCCACCUCUGACCCGUCCUCCAUCCCCAUCGUCCUGUGUGCUGACCUCAACUCGCUGCCAGACUCCGGUGUGGUGGAAUACCUGAGCAACGGAGGCGUGGCCGAGAACCACAAGGACUUCAAGGAGCUCCGCUACAACGAAUGUCUGACCAACUUCAGCUGCAACGGCAAAAACGGCAACUCGGACGGCAGCAUCACACACAGCUUCCAGCUGAAGAGCGCCUACGACAGCAAUCUGAUGCCUUACACCAACUACACGUAUGACUUCAAGGGUGUGAUCGACUACAUCUUCUUCUCCAAGACCCACAUGAGCGUCCUGGGCCUGCUGGGACCUCUGGACAGCCAGUGGCUGGUGGACAACAACAUCACCGGCUGCCCCCAUCCUCACAUCCCCUCGGACCACUUCUCCCUGCUGGCCCAGCUGGAGCUGCAUCCUCCCCUCCCCCACCCGCUCAACCCCCUCAACGGGCUGCACCUGCCGGUCCACAGGUAGUGCAGCCGGAGAGCCCCGCCCACCUCCACCUUUAAACACUGUCCUCCCGCCCACCUCCAGCUUUAUACAGGACCCUGUACAGUUCAUGGUAAAACUCAUCCGACCCCCUCUAACCAAAAGGAGUGAAGUAUUUGCCCCGUUUGUUGCUCCUUUUUUGUGUUUUUUUGCACACUGUAUAUUCUUUUUUUUUGUGUUAUUUUUCAUUUCUCCCCUUGAAAAGGCUUGAUACCAAAUGUGGGGAUGAUUAUUAAUCCCCUUCUUGCUCCGACAAACGCCUGUUUUAACCUGAAAUAUUCUUUUUUUUUCUUUUAUUUUAGACUACAACAUAAUGCUGCACCACAAAAUCCAUGUUGUGUUAAAGUCGCUCCCAAACUAACUGACAGGUAUUUUAAAUAAAUAAAAAACCAACAGGAGUAACACUACAAACAGCUGAAGUUCUGAAUGUUACACGCAGGGAAGUGGAAGGUUUGCUUUAGGUUCUAAACAUUUUUUAAGGUUUUAAAAGUACAAUCUGGGUGUCUUAACAGUAAUUUAUUUCACACGGGAGGUUAAAAGAUGAAUUAUUGUAACGUCACGACCGGAGGUUUUACGAACAGCACUGAUAAUAUUGCAUUGUUUUGGGGGAAACUCAAGUUUUUGGUCUUUUUCCGCAUUUAUUGGGAUUAUGUUGCCUGGUUUUAACCUCAAAAAUCUGCCAGGUAGCGAAUUUUUUAUAAAUGCUAAAUAUGCAGAGGUGUUGUUUUCACCCGGUUCUGAAGAUGCAAGUUUUCUGCAGCUUUAAAAAGUAGUUCAACAAUCGCUUCAGGCCAAAUUCAUGUGCAGAAAAAUUCUAAUUUUUGCUAGUGCUGCAACCAAAUUAGCCCCCGUUUGCUCUGACGGCAGCCGUGUUUCCGUGGCGUGUUUUUAUAUAUUUGAAAAAACACUUCGCGUUUUUAAGUGGAUUUGCCUCGCUUUGUUUCAUUGGCCGAAAUUUUUGCCACUUUAACUGAAUUUGAAUCGUUUUUUUCUUUUUAUUUUCAAUUGUUGAACUUGAAUAUUUGUAAUAAAAGUUUGAAUUUUUUUUCUCAUAAUUUUAAUUCGCACUUCUCAAAUUGAGGAAGAAAACUUCAAUUGAAUCACAUAAUUAAAAUUUAAUAUUUUGAAACGAAAUUGUUAAUUUGCAGACAUGUGCCCUGCAGCGCCACCUUCUGGUGACACGAACAAACAUUUUUUUAUUUAAUAGUUCAAAUUGCUACAUUAAAAUUUCAGUUUUUAGUACAGUUACUCAAGUUGAGCAUUUCAAAUUAGAAUAUAAAUGAUUUAAAUUCAGUUUCAAGAAAGUAUUUAACAUUUUUGACAAUUUAAAUCUCAAUUUAAAGCAAAGGAGCUCAUUUUUUUUAUUAGUUUUAUGUAUCACAUUUGAAAAAAAUAGGAAAACUUCAAAAAUUUUGUUUGAAAAAGCACUCAUGGAAAACAGGAAGAAGAAUUACAUUUAAAAAGAACUUUCUCUCUUGUAGGUGGCCAAUUUUUUUGUUUCUUUGAAGUUUUUUUUUGAAUCCGGCUUCUUCUCCUCUUUAUUUCCAGACAUGUAACCGGCAGCGCCACCUUCUGGCAACACAGCAAAAUGUUUUUUUAAAUUUAAUAGUUCAAAUUACGACAUGAAAAUGACGCAUUUAGUACAAUUAUUCCAGCUUAGAAAUUCUAAUUCACAUUUAUAGUACAGUAAUUCAAAUUUAGCAACUAAAAUUCUAAUUAUGAGAUUUAAAUUCUAGUUUUUAGUAAAAUUUUUGCCAUUUUUCGACAGCUCUCUACAUAUUUUCGAUUAAAUUUUAGGUGUCACAUUAGAAAAAAAACGUGCGAAAAUUAAAAAAUCCACUCCCAAUUUUGCAAAAACUUGUUUUAAAAGGAGUUUAUUUUUGCUUUAAACACAUUUUCUGAAUGAGUUCUUAUUAUUUAACUGUUUUCUGUUGUUUUCAUCUCCAGAAAGUAUAAAGAACCGCUAACAUUAAAGAAUAACUACAGUUUGCCUCGUAUAAAACAAUUUUUCUUUCCAUUUUGUCUCGUAGAUGGCUAAAUUUUUGUUUCUUUUGGGGUAUUUUUUUUAGACGUCAAUUUUUUUUAAAUUCCGGCUUUUUCUACUCUGUUUAUUUACAGACAUGUAGCCUGCAGCGCCACCUUCUGACGACUGAACAAAACAUUUAUUAUUCAAUCUUUUGCGACAUUUAAACAUUUGCGUUUAAAACGGAAACACGGCUGCCAACAAACGUUUAGCUCUUUUAAGAUCCCGUUUCCCUUCCCCCGACUGGCCAAAGACGUAGAAUAAGAUAAUGUUUAUUUAUUGGUGCCAGAAGAAAUAAUUAAACUCCUGAUUCCAGACCAGGAGCUGAAUGUAUUCUCCUAAAGACUCGCCGUUAAAUUGGUCGAAGAUUCCUGUGUGUUUUGUGGAUUAACAGCCCUUUAUGUCGGUUCUAACUCAGGGCUCCGCUAUGCAUCCAGCAGUACCUCUCACACUAAACGAAACCAAACAGGAAGCUACUGUUCUAACAAAAUAAAAGCACAGGUCACGUACGUACUCGCAUAUGUUGUUGUUGUUGUACAAGUCCCAUGUGUUUGUGCAUUUUUGAUAAAGAAAACACAACUACUGAUGCACUUUUUUGCUCCAUUAAUCCCAAAAAGAGAUUAAUUUGGUUUAGCGAUAAAAUUAGCGAUUCUUUUUUUUUUUUUUUUUUUUUUGCUGUGAGGCUUUUAUUUUCGAGACGAUCGAUGUGGGAGUGACGUAAUUAAUGCAGGGCAGGGCUGGGUGUCCAUCCGUACCGAGCUGUACCGGAUUUUCAGUGCCAAUAUUUUAAUGUUUUUAAGAGAUUCUAACAGAAACUGAGAAAAUAAACGUGUUUUUUCUAGAAAUCCUCCUUUGUCCUUUGCUAAUAUUUAACAUUUUCUGCACCAGUGGCUCCGAACUUUGGGACUUUGUGUGUUUUGUUUUUUUUUUUUUAUCAGCAACUUACAUUUGGAACAAUAAUUCUGCACAAUCCUGCCUUUUUUAUUUGUGUUUUCGUGUUUAUUUACAAAAAUACAUUAGUCCUUUAAUGUUGAUUGAAUGUUACUCAUGAUGUUUGACUAAUCAAACAAAAUUGGUUUUUAACUGAUUUCUUUCAUGAGGAGUUGGUUAAAAAAAGCUAAAUAAUUAUCCAGAUAAUUGGAAAAAUGCUGAAUUUUGGAUCUGAGGCUGAAAAUCUGUCGUGAGACAAUUAUUACGGCAAUAACAAGAAUAAUCUAAAUUAUGUUUUCUACUAAUUUUUGCUUUUCUUUGAUAGAUAAUACGAGUCCAGGAAAUUCUAGAAAGAUGGCUUUUUAACUGUGAAUUUCUCGCAGUUUAUCAACAAACUGUGACAAGAAGCAGACAGGAGGUUUUUAUCUUUGCAAUUCCAGGUUAUUUCUCACCAUUUGUGGUCAAAAAUGUCUAUUUUAUUUCAGUAAAUCAAACUCCAGUUAACAGAACUGGUUAAAAAACUUUAAAUAAUUCAUUUUUUUAUCAUUUUGGUGUGAGAAGGACUUACAUUAAUGGACAGAAAUCUGUGCAUUUUCGUGUUAUUUCUGAGCGUUUCAUAAACACGUCUAUUUUGCUUGAGUAAGUCAGAUUCCAAUCAACAAAAAUGCUUUUUUUCUUUAAAUUCUCAUUUUCUUACCGUUUUGUCACCAGGGAUUUUCCUUUGCAACUAAAUAAAAUCUCUCUUUGAGAACAAAAACAGUAAAAUCUGCACUAAAAUUAGCAUUGAAAAGGCAGAAAAGGUUGGGAACCACUGGUGUAAAAGCAUUUUCUCCAAAGCUGUAUCAUAAAAGUGACAACUGACUAAUCAGGUCUAACAAAUUGUACCAUAAAAACAAAAAUAUUAGUAAAUAGUUUCAAAAGGAUUCUCCAAGUAUAAUUCAGAAAAAAAGAUGUUUUAAAUGUUGCCAUAUUUUUUUAUUUUACAACUUUUAUUUUAUUUAUGGCUUAUUAUAAAUAAUCCACUUUUAAUAUUCUGUUAAAAGUGGAUUAGAUGGGUAGUAUUUAAAAACAUUUUAUCUCCGAAAGGACUUUAUAUUAUCAGUCUAAAGCCUUACAGACAGUGAUUUAGCAAAGAAAAUAAAUAAAAGUGCAUUUUUAAAAAUUAUAUCAUCAAAACUAUUUGAAAAAAAAGCUAAAAACUACAGAUAUUUUUAAUAUCUGGAUUUUAUGCAGUAAAUUAGUUACUUAUUCAUUAAUUAUCAAUUUAUUAAUGUAAUUUUGAUCCAAUAAUUUCUACAAUUCCAGAAGUAAAUAAUACAUUAAUAACGCAUUUUUAUUCUGCAAUUGUAGAAAUUGUAGGACAAAAAAUACACAAAUUAAUUCAUAAUUAAUGUAUUUUUAACUUUUAUGUAUUUUUAAAAAAUAUUUUAAUUGAUAAUUAUGAAUUUAUUAAAGUGUUUUUGUAAUUUAUUAAUGUAUUUUCUUACCAUUUAAAAAAAUACAUUAAUGUAUUUUUUAUUCUACAACUGUAGAAAUUUUAGGAUUAAAAUACUACACUAAAUGGAUAAUUAUCAAUUGAUUGUAAUAUUUUUACUGAAUUAAAUUUAAAUAUAUAUAUUGAUUAAUCAGAGACGGUUCAGCAGAAAUUGCAGAAGAAUUUUGAUUUAAAUUGCUAACAUUUAUUUAGAAUUAAUUAUUCACUGCCAGUUUGGGGUUUUUUUUUUAAUUGGUACAGAUAAAUAUUACGGUUUGAUACCCAGCCCUGGUGUCUCGUGAACUCUGACUGUUUAGAAAUCAGUAAAAGCGUAUAAAGAAAAAGCCAUAAUUUUGGGAUAAUCGUUCUGUAACCUCAGCUUUAAAAACCGACGUUUGUGAGCAUUUUGAGGCUCAUACUUCACUCCUGAACUAACCUCACAGGGUUUUUCUGAUUUUAUACGACAUCUGUACAGAAAAGAGUCGAUGGGGGUUGUUCCAUCUGUGAGGGGAAUGUACCAUUCUCCUGGUAAAGGGGUGCAACUUUUCUCAAAAUAUCAAGAAAAUCUGUUAUAUUUUCUUUACUUUUAAUUUGCCUGGUGCACUCAGAUAUCUCAUAUGUGAAUAACACCUCCACUGACGUCUACGCUUUUUUUUCCUCAACUUACGGGCAUUUUAUUUUCCUCUUUUCAGUUGGUACGAUUCAGUGUUACUGGAGUUUCUGAGGAAAAAAUGAAAUGACGAUAAAUGUUCAAAAGCAGCCUGUCUUCAUUGCUUUUCAAUCAAAAUCUUUUUAUUUUCCCCAGAACAUUUUUUAAUAAUUUUUUUGCAGAUUAGCUUCCACAGCAUCCUCUGAAACUUCCAUCAUCACCUAAAUUGUUGAUUUUCGCACCUCAUUGUCUACUUUUUCUACAAACAACGUGCCUCGUUUGUACAGUUUCUCCAACAGCAGCACUGCCCAUGAGACCAAGACGCUCAGAGAUUAACCCGGCGUUAACCCAGCCAUCCUCCAUCCAUCCAUCCAUCCAUCCGUUCGUCCUCUCGGGGAUGAGACUGUGAGGAAUUCAAACCGAGGAAUCGUUGCUCGACUUUUUUGUUCAAAUCAAACAUCCUCCUCUGGUUCUUCCUUUGACUAGUUUCUAAAUGCUCACAUGCGAUUUCUGAAUGUAAAAAACAUCCUGAUUUUUUUCUUCCACUGUUGAUUUUACAUGGUGGCUACGUUAGAUCCGAUACGAAGCAUUUUAGCAUUUUCUGGCCAAAGGAUUUGUCGUCUUUAAUGUGCUCUGACACGCUAAAAUCACUGCAUCAAGAACCUAAAGGAUGCUGCAAAAAUGUUGUCUUCCCAGUGUAUUAAUCUGUAUGUAUUAAAGGCAAAACUGCAAAAAAAAAAAAAAAUACAGGGGGUCCUUGACUUACAUCAGAGUUCCGUUCCUACAGCCCGUCCUAAGUCGAUUUUUGCUGCAAGUCGGAAAUCCAGCAAAAAUGUAAACAAAGCCUUUCCAUGCAUCACAAAUAUCAAUCAGUUCUUCGGAAAAGUCCUGAAUACCAAUGAUUUUCAUCCACGUAUGAGUCAUUUUACAAGAAGAUAACAGGACAUGUUGCUCUGUUUUUACAACUUAAUCUACUUGAUAGCGCUUGGGACCCAUCAUGAAGGGCAAAAAGUUCGUGAAUGUCGCACAAUCCAAGGUGGCGUACAACCGGACAAUGUAAACAAAGCCGUCUUAUAGCGCCGUGUGACGACGUAUUCUUACACUCCACUUGCCAACUAGUGCCACGUAACCAGUUCUGACGAAACGCUGAAGGUCGAGGAUUUUUUAAACCGAGGACCUUCCCGUAACCACUUCCGGCGAAAUGCCGUAGGUCGAGGACAUCGUAAACUGAGGACCCGUCCGUAAACAGUUCCGACAAAACGACUAGGGCUUUCCCGAAUAGCAGUUUCUGGUCUCCAGUUAUUCGACCCCGAUUAGUGAGGAAUAUCGCCUCGUAACAUCCAACGAGGGGGUGGGGAGGAGAAACGGAGGAACGAGCCAAAUAUGAAUUUUGGUUCGUAACGUCUGACGGGGGAGGGGGGCGGAGGAAUGAGCCAAAUAUUGGAUUCGGUUCAUAGCGUCUGACGUCGGAUUGACGAGACAAAUACCGAUUGCAUGACAUCGUCCGACGGUGGGGGGUGGCAGGGAGAUCCGAAUAUUUGGAUCUCAAAAUAAAUAUCCAGAUACCACCGUCACAACCGAAUAUUCGGGUCCAGCCCUUGUAAUGAUGACACAACGUAGGUCGAGGACUUCGUAAACCGAGGACCCACCCGUAAACAGUUCUGACGUAACGACGAGACAAAAGUAGGUUGAGGACCCCUGUAGAUGCCAAAAAAUUCUGGUGAAAAUGUGAAUUAUGCACAAUCUGAAACUGACCUAAAUGCGUUUUUCAGUCAUUGUUGUUUGCAGUUUAAUGCACUGGUUCAUUUGCUGGACUUAUAACGGGGAAAGUUUUCAGUUUCAAGUCUUUCCUGCUAUAAAAAAACAACAAAAAAAUGUAUUUCUGAAAAUCUGUGAAUUCCAAAAGAACAGAUUCCUUGGUAUUUUACAGUUUCUGCAGAUUUGUGUCUGAUGUGUUUUAACUGACAGUAAAACUGGGAUCUUUAGCCACCAGCAGUCACCAAUUAAAAAAAAAAAAAAGGUGCUACAUUAAUUUCACAGGAGGAUUUUAAAGAGCCACACUCAAUUUGAAAGGUUUCUGAUGUGCAGCUUUUCACCACAUUUUGAUUUUCGGAUCGAAAACCUGCAGCUGUGUGGUGAAGAGCUACAGGUUUUACAUCAUGGAAGCCAAAGUUUGCAUCUUGUUUGAUGAUUAAAAGUGAAAAAAAAUGUGCGACUCUGAAGAUACUGACGCAGAGUGAGAGUUUGUCUAACGUAGGCGGUGAUGCUGUUUGUUGUGUUUGUCUUAAAAGAAACUGACACACAGAUGCGUGCUUUGUAGAAGUCCAGGAAUGUCCCCACCCACUAGAAAACCAGUUGGUUUCUUUUUUACGAAAAUUAUUGCAACUUCAUCAAAAACUGAACGACUUACUUCACAUACAGAAUCCUAGAAUAGUCAUCAAAAAUCAUCAACAUCUGCACCAAAAUGUCACAGGUUCUUCCACCAAGUUUUAUGAAAUUCGACUCUAAAUUCACACCAAACAGACAAGGAGGCAAAAAAUAAAUAAAUUAAAAAAGUAUGAGACCGAGACGCAAAAUAUGUCAAGAACUGCUUCAAUUUGGGGAAAUUUAAGGCUUUUGUUGAAAGAUUGCAUCCCAACAAGCAGGAAAUGUUUCCACAACGUUUUUCUUUUCAGGAUAUUUGUUAUUUUAAUAAUGUUCCUUGAAGAUGUUGUAUGACAGCAAAUGAGGAACGUUCUCAAACCAUCAUUUGAAAAAUAUUUUCAAGACAUUACCAAUGACAUUUUUUCAAAACGUUCCUGUGUAUAGUCACAAAGGUGGAACGUUUCUCCAGUGGCAAAAUGAGGCACAGUCAGACCAUUCUGCAGCAACAAUACAGCACUGUGGAGAAAGGUCAGACUGCGCAAUGAAAAGUCAUAUUUUUGACCGUUAAGGGGCACCAUCACUGCAUCCUGGGCUUAGCUCCACCCAAAAUGAUUGUGAUUGGUUUAAAGGAAUAAAAACAAGCCAAAUCAUUCUUCCACCAUUAUAGAUAAGGUGCAGUCGGACCAUUCUCCAAAGAUAGAUUGGACUAUGCCAACGAAAGUCAUAUUUUUGACCAUUCUGGGGCACCAUCACUGCAUCCUGGGCUUAGCUCCACCCAAGAUGGUUGUGAUUGGUUUAAAGAAGUAAAAACAAGCCAAAGUAUUGUUCCCCCUUUAUAGAUAAGGUGCAGUCAGACCAUUCUCCAGGGAUAGCCGACUGUUUAACCACAACCGAGUGCAGAAAAUUCAACCAACUUUUUUACAAACCAUCACAAUUUUGAAUUUGAAUGAAGGUUUUGAGCUAAAAUGGUGAUUUUGGUUGGUAUUUUUAGAAGCCCAGAGGCCUCGUUAAGCUACUAAUUUGUACAAACGAUCCUGAGGACUUCUACAAAGACUGAAAUCUGUAUUUCAGACGUGAGCAGUUCCACCUCAGUUGAAACCAAACAUGCUCAGCAGCACUCGUAUCAUCUGUCCUCCCAAAAACCCCUGUAGGCAAUAAAGUGUCGUUUUUUUGAAGA